UCCGCCACCGGCCAGCGAACCGAUCGGAACACGUUUUAUUUAUUUCUUUACGAUCUCGCGUUCGAAUUCCCUAGCAGCGACUGAGAGAAGCAAAAGCUUCGCUUAUUAUUCCAGCUCCUUGCGCUAGAUAUUCAAGUUCAAGAGAUAAGUUGUUUCUGUGUGUUACACACCUGAAAGCAAGUGUAAGUGCAAGUGCAGGUGCCCUGUGUUCCAACAUGUCGAUAAAACAUAAUGAGCAAAACUAUCCGUACAUCGAUUUGGGAAAUGACUUCAAAAUCUACGUCCAAGCAGAUGAGUACACCGACCCCCAAUUGAAGGCCAAAGCCGAGCAGGAGCUAAACGAGACGCCGGAAAAUGUGGAACGAUCACUCGCCCAGCUGCGCGAGCUGCUGAAAGCAGAGAAGGGUCUCUAUGUGCCAACAGAAAGUGAUUCAUUCCUGGUGAAGUACCUGAGGCCAUGUUGCUACGAUCCGCAGAAGGCAUUUCAAAUGAUUCAAGCCACCUAUCGGCUGAAGGACAAAGGCGAAGAGUACUACAAGAACACACCGAACCCGUCCUCGGUGCGACAUGUCUUCGACUCGGGGAUGGUUUGGUUUAUGCCCGAGAAGGACGCGGAUGGGGCGGUUAUAUGCGUGAUAGAAGUUGGAAAAAAAUGGGACACCUCGAAGGUUUCGAUCAUCGAGCUGAUCGCGGCGAUCCGCAUGUCGGUGGAAUGCGCCCUACUCGAUCCGGAAACGCAGCUGUGCGGCGUGAAGGUCAUCUUCGAUACGGAAGGCCUCUCGAUGUCUCAAAUCGCACAGAAUAGCCCCAAGCAUGCCCGCAUGAUUCUCGAGUGGAUCCAAAAGGCUUGCCCUUUUCGAUUGCGGUCGGUUCACGUUGUAAACAAUUCAAAACUGGUUAAUAUCCUGUUUGCCAUAUUCAAACCGUUCAUCACGAAAGAGCUGCGCGAUAAGAUUCACUUCCACAACAAAGACUGGGAAUCGCUCACCCCUCGACUCAUCAACCCCUGCUGCCUGUGGCCAAAGUAUGGAGGAACGCUGGCAGCACCCGAGUACGAUGGGCAUCUGCUUGGAAAUUUUUUGCAACUUUAUGACAAAUAUUUCGAUACCCUCGACGCCUAUGGCUACGAGCAAAACGGCCUUCAACGGUCAAAAUAACAUCUGAAUAAUAAGCCGCCCUACAAACCACGAGCAGUACAGAGAUACACACGCCUACAAUGCCACGCAAGAGAUUGUUGUGAUAAUGACGCGCUGCAUGGCAAUCGCUCCUGGGAAAGCCCGCGGUGCUCAAAGCACACAGUUGAAACAAAUCGGUGGUAUUUAUUUAUUUUAAUUCUUGUUGUUGCCCUCCAAGCUUCGGAUGACGAAUGUGAUAUGAUGAUGCAAAUAAAAUAUGCGAAAUGAAUUUUAAGUUGAUUCGGAACAUUA